CCUUUCUGAGCAAAUGUACGAGCGUCGACACGUGCCUGUCUUAGAAAAAAAGUUACGCCGACUUUUAAUUGCAGAAAUAUGAUCUUUGUAGGCUUUAUUUACGCCGAAGUGAUUAGUGAAAGUCACAGAAAAGUGUAAUGUUAAUUUAUCAUUAUUCAAUGGAGUUUGGAUAUUUGCAAUUGACUUUUUCUGUUCGCUUUUUGUUAUUGUUUUGUGAAGGCAUACAGAAAAUAUCCUCUGUUAAAAUCAAUCAACUUCUUGUGCCGGAAAUCGCAUCGCCGGCAUCGUCGCCCAUUAUUCUGGACUGCGACUAUUCCUUAGAAUUCCCAAAAGACGAAGGAUUGGUGGUUAAGUGGUUUUUUAAUGAACGACUUUAUCCGGUUUAUCAGUGGAUCCCUGAUGCCAAACCUCAAGAAUUAGGUAUUCUCAAAGGCCGCCUAGAUUUGACAUUCAGGGCAUCUGAGGAUCGCUACAUGGUCCACAGGGCUCUAAAAAUUAUCCAACUCAGUCCUGAGCUGGCUGGAAACUUCACGUGUUCGGUUUCAACGUUUAGCAGCGAAGACACUCAAACUAAACGGAUGCUGGUUUUCGUUCCAGAAAAAUCAUUGGAACUAAAGUACCCUCCAGUAUGGUACCGCAGUGAAAGAAACUCGAAAGUUCUGUGCUACGCUGAGCAAGUUUACCCUAAGCCCGAAAUGCGAUUGUAUUUAAACAGCAGUGAAGCUGAGAACGUUACCUUAAAGUACCAAGAAACACCAAGUGGACUAUUUGACGUGGAAAUAUCCAUAAGUUCGGACAGUCUUAUAGAUGGUACCGUAAUUUUAUGCGAAUUACAUGUCGCCCUUACUAAUUACACGGUUCGAAAAGAGGCUAUUUAUUACGAAGAAGAGACUGUCUCCAGUUCAGCAAAAAUAUGGAGAACUUCUGCCGCAAAAUGGAUAAUUUCCCUAAUAAUCUCUAACUUAGUCUUAGUGGCACACCUUUUGUAAUCUAUAAACAUUUUCUACAAUUUUUCUACGGCUGUUAGCUGCUACAUUUAUAUAAUUUUAGCUCAAAUUAGACAAAUAUUCGUGAUCGUGAUAUUGAUGAUUGUACCAUUGUAGAUGUUCAGAUUCCAAGUGUUUUUGUAAUAAACGAUUUUCAAUAUG